GCGCAACUUUCCAGACUGCGGCCAGAUUGUCCCCAUGCAUCGGCUGGCUUCCCUAGCUAGCGACAUAGGCUCUGCUGCCUUCGUGUUUCUGACAAUAACUAACAGCGGUGAUGACUCAUGGUGAGGUGGAGAGAUGAGCGAUUAGUAAAUGUAUGCUGGGGUGAGACUUGAAUCGUACGGGGUACUACUUUUAGUAUAUAUAUAAUGCGCAAUAUCUCUGCCUGAAGUUACAGUCAGUCAAGAGCAUUCAUCCUGCGACCCUUUUAUGGGUUUGGGAGAAUAAAGAAUCGCUGCAUUAUUUCUGCAAAUAUAUAAAUAGACGUUUUGUCAACUUGGACAGUUAUUCGUACCACACCCUUGAAUGAUCAGCUGGAUCACUCUAGCGAUAAUAAUCCCACCAACAUGUCCACAUCAUCCUUCGUCGCUCGAAGCACAAGCACUUUCGAGUCACUUACGAAAAGAUCUAGACCAAAGGUUGGAAUUGACUUGGUCGAUCAGAAAGAUGGCUUCGUCGCUUCCUAUACCACUGGCGAUAAGAUCGAGGGUGAAGUGACCGUAACUGCGGAACAUGACAUCCAAUUUGACGACAUAAACAUCACAUUCGAGGGACUGGCCACAACAUCGGUGGAACGGUCGUCGAGCCUAGCAGGUUCAGGUCGUACAUCGAAUGCAUAUCAGGCAUUUCUAAAGCUACGACAACCCAUCCGCCAGACGGAGUAUCCGCACCCACGAAUCUUCGAAGCCGGCUGCACCUUCAGAUUCCCAUUUACUUUCGUCGUGCCUGAUCACCUCCUUCCACAGGCCUGUGACCAUUCGAAGGAUAACCUCCACCUUAGAUAUGCUCACACCCAAUUGCCGCCAAGUCUUGGAGACCCCAUGCUAGCAGGAGAUGGAGUUAGUCUCCUGGACGAUAUGGCGCCUGCAAUGACUAGAAUAUCAUAUGUCAUCAAGGUAUCGGUUUCGAGAAAACCGUCGGUCGAAGGCGGGCGUUCAACGAGCCUUGCAUCAGUUGCGAAGAAAGUCCGCGUCGUACCCGCAGUCGAUGAACAGCCUCCUUUGAGCAUUCCCGAUGAUUGCGAUGAUUAUUGUCUUCGGAAGGAAAGAGAUGUCAGGAAAGGCCUACUGAGAGGGAAGUAUGGUCGAUUGGUCAUUGCAACAUCACAACCCAAACCGCUACAAUGUGACUUUCCAACCCGCAACGGUUCAUCCUGCUCAGCAAGUACUGUCGCAACUCUACACCUUCGAUUCGACCCCGUAGGAGACGAACAGCCUCCCAGAUUGGGAACACUAUGGACGAAGAUCAAAGCAUCAACCUUCUAUAGUAUCAUCCCGUGGGAUAAAUUCCCAUCCAGGUCGUCCAACACUUACUGGACCAAUAUCAGGGGUGUAUAUGCGGAAACCAUGCCGCUGUCUUCACGAUGCAUAGCCUCCGUUAUCUCAGCAAGCUCAGACGCUCGCCAAAGAUUAGUGCUUCUACUAUACUAUUUAGAAACUAGUGCAAAUUAGCUCAAUAACCUGAGCCAAUAAUAUUUGAGCGGAUACGCUAAACCCAAAUAGGAAGGUGAAAAAUUCUUUAGUAAGUAUCUGAGAAUAAAUAG